ACUCGAGAGUUCCAUGUCUUCCACAGAGGAAAGAAGAAGAAAAAACGCAUUUGUUUUUUAGUUUUGUUUUCCUUUCUCUCGAUUUUGCUGACUGUUCUUCAAUCGAUCGAGCUGCAGAGCGAUGGCGAGCAAGGGAUCAUCGUCUUCUUCGAUCCCGAUCACGCCGCUGCUGAAGGACGAGCUCGACAUCGUGAUCCCCACGAUCCGGAACCUGGAAUUCCUGGAGAUGUGGCGGCCCUUCUUCCAGCCCUACCAUCUGAUCAUCGUGCAGGAUGGAGAUCCGAGCAAGACGAUCAAGGUGCCCGAAGGGUUCGACUACGAACUCUACAACCGCAACGACAUCAACCGCAUCCUCGGCCCCAAGGCCUCCUGCAUCUCCUUCAAGGACUCCGCCUGCCGAUGCUUCGGCUACAUGGUCUCCAAGAAGAAGUACAUCUACACCAUUGACGACGACUGCUUCGUUGCUAAAGAUCCUUCUGGCAAGGCGAUCAAUGCACUGGAACAGCAUGUUAAGAAUCUUCUUUCCCCAUCUACUCCCUUCUUCUUCAACACCUUGUAUGAUCCAUACCGUGAAGGUGCAGACUUCGUUCGUGGAUAUCCCUUCAGCCUCAGAGAAGGUGUUAAAACGGCAGUUUCUCAUGGCCUUUGGCUCAACAUUCCUGAUUAUGAUGCUCCCACACAGCUUGUAAAGCCUCGUGAGAGGAACCAAAGGUAUGUUGAUGCAGUUCUUACGAUACCCAAGGGAACAUUGUUUCCCAUGUGUGGAAUGAACUUGGCAUUUGACCGUGAGCUCAUUGGCCCUGCUAUGUACUUUGGACUCAUGGGUGAUGGUCAACCUAUUGGGCGUUACGAUGAUAUGUGGGCCGGUUGGUGUGUCAAGGUAAUCUGUGAUCACUUGGCACUUGGAGUGAAGACUGGGUUACCCUACAUCUGGCACAGCAAAGCAAGCAACCCGUUCGUGAACUUGAAAAAGGAAUACAAUGGCAUCUUCUGGCAAGAAGAGAUCAUCCCCUUCUUCCAAACUGCUGUUCUUACAAAGGAAUGCAGCACUGUGCAAAAAUGCUACAUUGAAUUGUCUAAGCAAGUGAGGGAAAAGCUUGGGAAGAUCGACCCCUACUUCAGCAAGCUUGCAGAUGCCAUGGUGACAUGGAUUGAGGCUUGGGAUGAGCUCAACCCAUCUGGAGAUAUUGCUGAAGCAGCCAAUGCCCCGGCCAAGGGGAAAAAAUAGACUAGUUAAAAAUAGUAGCAUUAUCAUGUGACAACUGUUGUCGUUUGGCUAAAUUAUGUAACCCUUAUAUAUAUAUUGUCUUCAAUUGUCAUCCUUUCAAACAAACAAAUCUAUUGAUUUUUGAAGCUCCAAGUUUUCCUUUUUUUUUCA